AUGACGAGAUUAUCCAAGAUUGUUGCGGCGGCAACGCUCGUCCCUGUCGCGUCUUCUCUGAGCCUCAACCUAAAAGACCAGGCCUCUAUCAAAGAGAAUGCGGCCCAGGUCGCAAAGGGUCUUUACGUAUAUCAUGAUCCUAGCUCGACGACAGGUCAGUUUAAACAACCGGAACCGUGGUUUUGGUGGUUAUCGGGUUCGGCAUGGAACGGCUUGAUGGACUACACCGUAUACACGGGUGACACAACCUACCAAGCCGAUAUCCUGUCCGCGCUGGCAAAGAACCUGGGCCCGAAUUACGACUUCGUUCGACCGAACAUGAUCGUGGAGGCGAACGACGAUCAGGUCUACUGGGUGUACAACGCUCUUACGGCGCUGGAGUAUAACUUCCAAGCUCUACCAUGUGAGAAGUCCAAGACUGAAGCAAGCGAGGAUUGCGCCAACUCUUGGCUUGCGAUCGGCACAAACGCUUUCGAGGAUUUUGUGGCGCGAUGGAAUAAAGACAGCACAACUUGUGGGGGUGGUCUCAAAUGGCAGUUCGUCGAGACAGCCAACGGCUACUAUUACAAAAACUCCGUGACCAAUGCUGGCUUCUUCCAGACUGCCGCUCGACUUGCGCGGUAUACCGGAAACCAAACAUUUGGUGAUUGGGCUACCAAGGUCUGGGAUUGGUCUACGAGUGUUGGCUUUGUCAGUCCCGAUUUCCACGUUUUCGACGGCGCGGGAGAUGAUAAGGAUGCGAAUUGCACUGCGAUCAACAAGGAUGAAUGGAGCUAUAACAUAGCCUCUUACAUCCAUGGUGCCGCUCACAUGUACGCCUUCACCAACAGUUCAGCGUGGGAAUCGAGAGUGCAGGGCCUAGUUCGCACGGCUCAGAGUACAUUCUUUAGCCCUACAUCCAACGCUACCGACGUGAUGUAUGAGCAGAAAUGCGAACUGGACUCGGCGUGUAAUAUCGACCAGACUAGCUUCAAGGCCAGCCUGGCACGUUGGCUCGGAAAGACGACAGUAUUGGUUCCUAGCUUGAAAUCAGAUAUUGACGCAUUGCUCGAGGCUACUGCUCAGGGUGCUGCUUCUAGCUGCACCGGCUACGGCAAUGCUACGUGUGGUGUGCAAUGGUACACUGGUGGUUUUGACGGCCAGUCGGACUUGGGUGUUGAGCUGAGUGCUCUUGAAGCCGUCCAGAGCCUGUUGGCGGCGAGCGCACCGAAGUUUGCAGUUCAAUCUUAG